AUGUCCCGACUAACCCUCCUCCUCCCCUUCCUCCUGAUCCUGGUCCCAUUCACAAAAGCCGCAGGCACAGUCCAAGAUCUCUGGAUCUUCCCCAGAGCACCUGACUUCACCUCGGAACUCACCGUCAACACAACGAUCCAAAUCCGCUGGCACGAGGAACUCCAGGCCGUCUUCGCGCAGUUCUGCACGCUGUGCGACACAACCAAUGUCGAUCUGUGGGUGACGGGGUCACAGUAUGCAGAGGCUGUUGGGGCCGGAAUCGACGUGACCUCGACAUUCUCAUACAGCUGGAAGGUGGAUCUUACAGAAAGCAUCGUAGCCGCCUCGCCGGACUGGUCGUUUCGAUUCCUGCCCUCGGGCGCCGUGUGGAAUGGGACGGGCGGGCAGGAGAUUUCCAGCGCGCAGUUUAGUGUCGUCGUCCCACCAGAGUCGUCGACCACCACCACCACCACAACCUCGACGACGUCGACGACUACCACAACGAGCACAAGCACGACAUCCACAGCAGCAAAGACGCCCUCGCCCACUCCAACCCCAACCCCUCUCCCAGAAAGCGACGACGGCCUCUCCACGGGCGCCAAAGCCGGAAUCGGCAUUGGGGCUGCAGCCGGCGCAAUCCUCCUCAUCGGCCUAUUCAUCUUCUUCUGGCGCCGCCGCAAGGGAAACAAAGAGCCCAUCCCGGCGUAUGACGCGGCGUCCGACGCGAAGUUUCAGCCCGCGCCGGGGUAUGCGUCGUUGGGCAGCCACUCGCACUCGCCGUCUCGCUCGAUGGAUGUUCAUGAGGUUCCCACUGGGGAGUUUCAGGAUGUUGCUGUUGUUGGGAAGGCGGCGGCGGAGUUGGGGGGUGGGGGUGCUGAGAGGGCGGAGAUGGAUGCGGGUGUGCAUGGGGGUGGGAGGGGGGUGGCAUUUGAAUUGGAGGGGUCGAGAUAA